ACAGAAGCAAUGUACAGCACCCGCGCAGAGCUAAUGGCCAUCCUAGAUUAUUUGAAGUGGGCUCUGGCAAGUUCGUCUGAAACUGACCCUGUUCACCAUCAUGUUGUGUACCCCAACUCCCAGGCUGACCAUCGGGCAUGCGCUAAUGUUCUUUACACAGAUCCCGUACUGCAGAAGAUCCGGCACCAGGCACGCCUGCUCCACGAAUGCGGUCACGAUGUUACCAUCCACUGGGUCCCCACGCACUGCAGUAUCCCCGGAAACGAGCAGGCUCAUAGACUGGCGCGCGCUCAUCUCCCCACCGCGCUAGCCAGAGCCUCCGAUACUCCUUAUCCUCUCCUAGCUACCACACCUGAGCUAGCAGAUCCGAUGGCAGACAAGCAUGCGACCAAACAACGACGUGCCGCCUACCUCACAGCAGUGGGCAAUCCAAUCUAUAUACCGCCGCUUCCCUCGAAGGUAUUCACACGGCGAGAGUCAGUCUUGCUUCGGAGAAUUCAGACAGGCGCCCUCCUUACUCCUUUGUUGCUGAACCGUUUCCACAGGGGUGGCACACCACCACCCGUGACUGGGUUCUGUUCCACGUGCAAAUGUCGUGCUGAUCUCAAACACUUGUGUUGGGAGUUCCCCCUGUACAUCCCACCUAGGCUUCGUGUCCUGGCCACCAUAAAGCGAAGACCCUGGCCAUCUUUUCUCCGGACUUGGGCUUGCCCCAUGCCUCCGGACCAUGCCAUCGAGCUCUGGCGAGCACUAUACUCUUGUUUCUCCAGGACCCGGCGGUACCACCGGUCGGCGAUCGGCUCUGCGAGAGCCACAAGAGUCAUGCGGCCCCCACUUAGCUGCCUCCACGACGUUCGUUAUUAA